CCAGCAGCUACAGUCGCAGCGCCCGCGGGCGGGCGAAGCGGGCGGCCGCCCCCACGCCAGGAGGCCUGAAGCACGCUCCUGAGAGGUGGUGCAGCAAGGGCUUCAACACGCCGGGGACCCCAGCCCUGCACAGAAGGCUCACAGAACCAGAGCAGGCAGAGCCAGCCUCUCAGAGCUAGCAGGUUCCUUUGGAUGUGUAGGGCGCCGCCGCAGCCCAGCCACCAUGGCGCACGGGUUCGCCGUGGGCUUCAACCCAGGCCUCGGAGACCUAAGCUCGAGCUCUUUGAGCUCCCUCUCCUCCCGAGGCCACCUGGGCAGCGACUCAGGCUCCACAGCAACGCGAUACCUGCUGAGGAAGCAGCAGCGACUGCUGAACCGGCCCCCCCGGGGAAUCCGAGCCUGCUCGCCCAUGGGCCGCGUCAUCCUCAUCAACUCCCCCAUCGAAGCUAACAGUGAUGAGAGUGACAUCAUCCACGCGGUCCGGGUGGAGAAGAGUCCAGCAGGGAGGCUGGGGUUCAGCGUGCGUGGGGGCUCUGAGCACGGCCUGGGCAUCUUCGUCAGCAAAGUGGAGGAGGGGAGCAGCGCAGAGCGAGCCGGCCUGUGUGUGGGAGAUAAGAUCACCGAGGUGAACGGACUCAGCCUGGAGAGCACCACCAUGGGCAGCGCUGUGAAGGUGCUGACGGGCAGCAGCCGCCUGCACAUGAUGGUGCGGCGCAUAGGCCGAGUGCCGGGCAUCAAGUUCUCCAAGGAGAAGACCACGUGGGUGGAUGUGGCGAACCGACGCCUGGUGGUAGAGAAGUGCGGCUCCACGCCGUCGGACAGCGGCUCGGAGGGCGGCGUGCGGCGUAUCGUCCACCUGUACACCACCUCUGACGACUUCUGCCUGGGCUUCAACAUCCGUGGCGGCAAGGAGUUUGGCCUGGGCAUCUAUGUGUCCAAGGUGGACCAUGGUGGGCUGGCCGAGGAGAAUGGCAUCAAGGUGGGGGACCAGGUGCUGGCGGCCAACGGCGUGCAGUUUGACGACAUCAGCCACAGCCAGGCCGUGGAGGCACUCAAGGGCCAGACGCACGUCAUGCUGACCGUCAAGGACACAGGCCGGUAUCCCGCCUACAAGGAGAUGGUGUCUGAGUACUGCUGGCUGGACCGCCUGAGCAACGGGGCGCUGCAGCAGCUGUCGGCGGCCUCGGAGAGCAGCUCCAGCGUGUCCUCCUAUGCCUCCAGUGCCCCCUACAGCCCAGGCUCCCUGCCCUCGGACCACAUGGAUGUCUGCCUGGGGCCCGAGGAGCUGGGCAGCCAAGGCCCAGGCUGGGGGCGGGCGGACACGGCCAUGCAGACGGAGCCGGAGGCGGGGGCCCGCGUGGAGACCUGGUGCAGCGUGCGGCCCACGGUCGUCCUCAGAGACACAGCCAUCCGUGCCGACGGACCCCUGCCCGCCCGCCGCCUGGACUCUGCGCUCUCAGAGUCCCCCAAGACUGCCCUGCUGCUGGCCCUCAGCAGACCGCGGCCCCCUAUCACACGCUCCCAGAGCCACCUGACCUUGUGGGAGGAGAAGAAGCAGCGGAAGAAGGAGAAGCCGGGGUCCCCUGGGGAGAAGGGUGCCCUGCAGCGCUCCAAGACACUGAUGAACCUCUUCUUCAAGGGAGGGCGGCAGGGGCGGCCGGCAGGGGAUGGGCACAGAGAGGCCUGGACGCUGGACGGCGGGAGCCCGGCCAAAGCCCGCCCGCGCCUGGACCUGGACAAAGCAGGCAGCGUGGGGCCCGUGCAGAAGUUCGUCACCUGGAGACGGAGACGCGACCGGGACAGAGGCCGGGCCCUGCUCUCUGCCAGGUCUGGGAGCCCCUCCAGCCAGCUGCCCAAUGUAGACGAGCAGGUGCAGGCCUGGGAGAGCCGACGGCCUCUCAUCCAGGACCUGGCCCAGAGGCUGCUGACUGAUGACGAGGUGCUGGCUGUCACCCGCCACUGCUCCCGGUACGUGCAUGAGGGUGGCGUGGAGGACCUGGUGCGGCCCCUGCUGGCCAUCCUGGACAGGCCCGAGAAGCUGCUGCUGCUGAGAGACAUCAGGAGUGUGGUGGCGCCCGCGGACCUGGGCCGCUUCGACAGCGUGGUGAUGCCCGUGGAGCUGGAGGCCUUUGAGGCCCUCCAGGGCCGGGCAGUGCGGCCUCCUCCUUUGCGACCAGCACGGCAGGACACGCCACCCAAGCGUCACCUCAUCACCCCUGUGCCUGACAGCCGCGGGGGCUUCUACCUGCUGCCUGUGAAUGGCUGCUCCUCGGAGGACGAGGACAGGGAGCUGAGGGACAGGCUGGGGGGCCUCAAGGUCUCCCUGAGUGCCUCUGCCCCCCGCCACCCGCACGACGCGAUCCCCCCGCUCCAAGACGUGCCAGUAGACGCCUUUGUGCCCUGCCGCAGUGCCUGCACGCCCCCUCCCCAGCCACCCCCCGUCGCUCCCCGGCCCCCGCGGCCUAACUGGCUGCUGACAGAACCCUCGAACCGAGAGGACCCUCGGCGGAGCCAGAGCCAGAGCCAGAGCCAGGACCGGGCCCAGAGCCGCAGCCGCAGCCGCAGCCGCAGCCGGGGUCGUGGCAAGUCCCCUGGACGCAGACGCUCCCCUUCCCCAGUGCCCAUCCCUGCCCUUCAGGCGGCCAAUGGGUGCUACCACAAGCCGCGGAGGGCCAGGCCCCCUCUGCCCCGACCUCUGCAGGAGCAGCUGACUGGGGCAGGGGCCAGGCAGGGGCCCACGGAGAACGGGGCUGGGAGGAUGCCCCAGGAGGAAGCCCUGGAGGCCCCCAGGGCGGAGCUGAGGACUGUCACACUGUCCAAGACCAAGCAGUCCUUGGGCAUCAGCAUUUCGGGGGGCAUCGAGUCCAAGGUGCAGCCCAUGGUGAAGAUAGAGAAGAUCUUCCCCGGGGGGGCCGCCUUCCUCAGUGGGGCUUUGCAGGCUGGCUUCGAGCUGGUGGCGGUGGACGGGGAGAGCCUGGAGCAGGUGACCCACCAGCGAGCAGUGGACACCAUCCGCCGGGCUUACCGAAACAAGGCUCGCGAGCCCAUGGAGCUGGUGGUCAGGGUCCCCGGGCCUGGCCCUCUGUCCUCACCCCGUGACUCCGCUGUCACUGAUGGCCGCCUUCCUGUCAACCGCUCCCCUGCCCACCUGCCUCCUGAUACUAUUCAGGUCCCCUCCCCUGGCUCCCAGGACUCCUGGACCACCUCCACUGUGGCCAACCUGCCCCAGCGGCGGACUCCCAGCCCAGUGCCCCCCACAGCCCUCCAGCCUCCUGCCACUAACACUAACCAGGCCACUCCCCACGUACCCCGCGACCCUUCACACUGACCUGAUCUUCCCUGGGCCCAAGUCCUCUGCUGCCUCCCAGACUUCUCCCGAGAACCUCGCUGCCACUCGGGAACCUCCCCUCCGGCCCCACCUGCCUCCCCAGGGCUGUACACUGGUGGCUCUGAUCUUUGCACCCCUCCCCUUCACUCCCCUCCCAUUUGUCCAUAAGGCUCCCUCCUUUCCAGAUAAGCGUGGUGUCCAUGGACAGAGUGCUAGUAGGAAGCCUGUGCCAGCUGUGCGCGCUGCUCCCCAGCCGCCCAGAGACCAAGUCCUGUAGGCAGGCAUUUUCUCCUAACACCCCCACUGUUGAUUCUGCACACUCUGAGGGGUGUGGGCUUGCAAAGGGGCCUUCCAGGGCACCCCAUCCCCAAGCAGCACCAGUACCUCAAACCCUGAGACCACGCCAUGUUGUGAGCCACUAGGACCCUCCACUCUGCACUGGAUUUGUCCUUCCUCCUAUACCCUGUCUCCCCAGAAGAGCUCUCUGUGGGGAGGGGAGCACCCAGGAGACAGAUGGGGUCAGGGUCACACAACCUCCCCCAGCCUGUAUGCACUUGACCAGCUCGUUCUUUUUUUAAAAACAAAAAAGGUUUUUAAUUUUUUCUUUGGGUUUGUACAAAUUUACAGUGUGAAAAAUAUACACUUGAAAACGAGGCCAUAAACCUGGGUGUUGGGAGGGACUGCUUGGUCACAAACACAAAUAAACAAGACAUU